ACUCGGGCCCCUUGCCCUCCAGGGACUUCGCUUUCUUGUCGCAUCUUGGGCGCACAUUAGCCUCCUCCGCCACCGGGAUGGCUUCAUCUCGGCUUCCUCCCGCUCCUCCGGCGAAGCCCCUGGACCUGGAGGUGACGGUGGUCUCUGCGAUGCACCUUAAGAACGUGAACUGGCAGCACGGCGACCUCAAAGCCUAUGCUGUCGCCUACCUGGACCCCGACCGCCGCGUCGCCACCAAGCCCGACGACGCCGGCAACACCCGUCCCGUCUGGAACGAGCGACUCUUUCUCCCCCUUGCCCCCACCCUCCUCGAUCCUGCGCUCCUGCUCACCCUCGACGUCUUCCACUCGAAACCAUCCGAGACCCCCAAGCCCCUCGUCGGCACCGCCCGUUGUCCCCUCAAGGACCUCCUCGGCCCCGACGCCUUUGAAGCCGCGUCCUCCUCCGGCGUAGCCGUCGACGGAUGCCCCUCCCCCAUCAAAACCCUAGAGCUCUCCCGCCCCUCCGGCCGCCCCCAGGGCAAGAUCCGGAUCAAGGUCGCGAUCCGGGAGCGCCCCUGCCCGCCACUGGAGCCCGCCUACCAAUUCGCCUCUCCCUCCGGCUAUUACUAUUCCACGGCUCCUCCCCUUUCGGCCAGAGAGUACCGCGCCUAUCCCCCUCCGCCUUCGCUCGUCCCUCCUUACAGCCACCCCAUGCCGUCCCAGCCGUCACCAUACCCUUACGGCAACUACUCCGAUCCCUACUCUGGGUACUAUUCCUCCAACGCCGGGUAUUACUCCGCACCUCCCGCCCCGGCCCCGGCCCGGCUGUACUAUGGUCGGGUAUCGGCGUACGGUGGCCCGUCGGCGCCUGUGGACUACUCAUCCGGCCCUUCUUCUUAUGAGCAGAAGGCGAAGGGGGGCAGACUGGGAAUGGGGGCCGGCCUGGCAGUUGGGGCGGUGGCCGGAGCACUGGGAGGGCUGGCUUUGGAAGAAGGGCUCAAGUAUGAGGAGGAGAAGGUUGCGGAGAGGGUGGAGAGCGAUCUUGCUGCGAGGGAUGAUUACAGCGACUAUCGGGCAGACUACUGAAUACCUUCAACAGGUCAAUCCAUGUUCUUACUGAAGUUUAUGGACAAUUGCUGCUGACUCAUAAGCACACCUACUAGAUGAAGCCUUAAAAAAUAGAUUUUUGUAUAUAGGGUUUUAAUAUGUUCACUUGUAAAACAAGGAUGGUUGAUAAGCCUUUGCUAGAUACAAUUAAAAAAAUUAUUUAAAUUGGAUCCGAUGAGAUAAUUCCUUAAUUUUCUUUCUUGACCAACAAAUCGUGCCUCUUAUGUUGUUGGAGAGAGGAAAAUGCCUGUGGAACUCAAAUUAUUUAGAAUCUCAGCACAGAUUGAAGAAAUGAAGUGCACUUAUAAAUCUGAGUAUAUUUUCCAUAGCCAAGGUGAAGCAGCUCAAAUUUUUGGCAGAUUAUCAUGUCUGACAUUCUUUGCAGUCUAGGAAGUAUACCUACUAAAUUAAAAGUUUGUAGUAAGAGACCAACUAGUUGUCAGUAGUACAUGCUCACCUAUGACAAAGUGAAUCAUCAACAAAACCUAUGGGUCUUGAAUGGUAAAUUAAAAAUUUGAUCCUACCUGGAACUAAGAGAACAAUGGACCAAUAGUUUAUUAUACUUUUCCAUUAAUGCUCCUUUAAAGAUUCACAAAAUUUUUGAUAAACUGAUCGUGUUGUUGACUCUUUUU